UCUGACCUAACGGGUGAUUUUGAACCAUCGAUUUAGGGAUUUUAUAUAUACCAUGAGUUUCUCGAUUUGCCCUUGGAUCAGCAACGUUAGAUUCUGCUAGCACUGGAGGGUAUAUUAGACAUUUCCAUAGAGAACUUGGUAGCCCAUGUACGAAUUGGAUCUUCCAUGCCCGAUCCAUUUAUUAUUAUUAUUAUUGUUGUUUUGUUGAAUCAAUUUUACAUGGCAAUACGCGCCCACCUGAGCUCCGUCGCGAAAAACGCCGACCGGCUGCCGGACUUGCCGAUCUCAACAAAAGCAUUAGCCACCACAAUUCUCAAUCAUGUCCGCGUCGGACGCCUUUCAAAAGCAGUUUCCAUUCUCUUCUCGUCGGAAAUCCCUUUGCCUGCCUCAAUUUACGCCAAUCUUUUCAGAAUUUGCGGAUCGAACAAAGCUAUCAUUGAGAUACGGAAGCUUGAAUCUCACCUAAUCACUUUCACCCCGAGUCCCCCCUUGUUUUUGCUCAACAGGGCCAUUGAAAGCUAUGGUAAAUGCAAUUGCUUGAAGGAUGCCAGAGAACUGUUCGAUGAAAUGCCUAGGAGAGAUGGUGGGUCCUGGAAUGCGAUGCUUACUGCGUAUUCCAGGAACGAUCGCUCGGAAGAUGUGCUUGACUUGUUUUCUAGUAUGAUUAAGGAGGGAAUUUCGGCGAGCGAGGUAACAUUUGCGAGUGUUCUUGGUUCUUGCGGCCAUGUGUUGGAGCUGUGGCUGUCGAAGCAGCUGCAUGGGCUAGUUCUGAAACAUGGCUUUGUAGGAAAUGUAAUUUUGGAGAGCUCACUCGUAGAUGUGUACGGAAAGUGUGGGGUAGUGUGUGAUGCUAGGAGGAUGUUUAACGAGAUUGAGAAUCCAAAUGAUGUUUCUUGGAACGUAAUAAUUAGGAGAUAUCUCGAAGCAGGAAACGGAAGCGAGGCGGUGAACAUGUUUUCUAAGAUGAUAAAAACGAGUGUGAAACCAAUGAAUCACACUGUAUCUAAUACCAUUCUUGCCUCUACAAGUUUUAAUGGAUUCAGAGAAGGUCUUCAAAUUCAUGGAUACAGUAUUAAAAUCAAUGUGGAUGAAGAUGAAGUGGUUUCAAGUACGCUCAUUAGCAUGUAUGCCAAGUUUGGAGAUCUGGAUAGUGCCAGGAGGAUCUUUGACAUGCCGUGUUCAAAAAAUCUGAGAAGUUAUGCUUCUAUGAUUUCAGGUUAUGCUGUGACUGGGAAAUUGACAGAAGCCAGAAAGCUGUUUGAUGAGAUGCCAGAACAAACGGUGGUAUCAUGGAACGUGAUGUUGGCAGGUUAUAUGCGUUCCUUCAAGUGGGACAAAGCUUUGGAGUUUGUAGUGCUGAUGCGUAAAAGCACAAAAUGUAUUGAUCAUGUCACAGUUAGGUUGAUUUUGAAUUUAUCUGCAGCAAUCCUUGAUGUAGAACUGGGGAAACAGGUCCAUGGAUAUGCAUACAGGCAUAGUUACUACAAUAAUCUUUUUGUCAGUAAUGCAAUCCUUGAUAUGUAUGGGAAGUGUGACAACUUGGUUAGGGCAAGAAGAUGGUUCCAUGUGAUGAGCCAUUUGCGAGAUAAGGUUUCUUGGAAUGCCUUGUUGACAAGCCAUGCUCAGCAUAGACUGAGUGAAGAAGCGAUGGUGAUUUUUGGGAACAUGCUAGGAGAGACAAAGCCUAGCAAGUUUACAUUUGCAACGCUUUUGACUGCAUGUGCUAAUAUAUUUGCACUUGAAUUAGGUAAACAGAUUCACGGAUAUAUGAUAAGAAAUGGUUAUGAUAUUGAUAUUGUCACCAAUGGAGCUCUAGUAGACAUGUAUUCCAAGUGUCGGUUAAUUGUAUACAGUUUGAGGGUUUUCAACAACGCUGCUUCAAGAGAUGUGGUUCUCUACAAUUCCAUGAUUUCCGGUUGUUUUUAUAAUGGAAUAGCGUGUAAGCCAUUUGAACUGUUUGAGGCCAUGGAGAAAGAAGGCAUUAAACCAGAUAACACCACAUUUCAAGGUGUCCUGCGUGCUUGUAUAUGUGAGGGUCGGGUUGAGUUAGGUAGGCAGUAUUUUGAACUAAUGAGUGACAAGUUCUGUUUGGUACCUCAUAUGGAGCAUUAUCAAUUGAUGAUCGAGCUAUAUGGUCAGAUUGGAUACAUGGAUGAGCUUGAGCUUUUUGUUAAAAACCUGCCAUUCACUCCUACUGCCUCCAUGCUGACUAAAGUUCUAGAUUUUUGUGGAAACUUCAAGCACCGCAGGCUUGAAAAAUGGGCUUCCGAUCAAGUUAAUGAACUCGAUACUUAGUUCUCUAUUCAGGUUUUUGAAGUUUUUAGAUUUUUUCCAACAGCUGCUUAGCUGCAUACUGAGAGCCACAGCUGCACAUGAUUCGGAAUGCCGGCAAUGAAGCCUUGGCAUGAUUCUGCUGAGUGCUUUUGCAGUGAUUGAAAUUUUGGAUAUGGUGGAUCCAAAUGGAACCCUCCAUCGUAUAUUGUGUUUCUGAUAUUAAAGCAUUUGAAGUAGAUGACGAUAAGACUGAGAAAUCAACCCUCUUGCAGAGCAGCAGAAGAAAUUCCUCUCAGAAAGUAUGGGUUGUGAGCAGACACCAGCCAAAAUUUCUCUUCAGUUUGAUCACUUGUUAUUUCCUCUGUGUGGAGGCACUUGGAUAUGCCCUCUCCACAUUGCCAUGUCUUGUUUGAGUAACUUAGCAACGAUGGAUUGAUUAAAGAACAUGAUAUACACCAUAGCACAUGAGAUAACCUUAUCUCGAGUCAUAUGAUAAUGAAAACCCACAUCCCAAAUCCAAUUUUUAUGAGGCUCAUGACUCUUCCUAUUGCCAUUGCAAUAAUUAGGGUGUUAGUCACAGAUGAGUCAGCAGACAGAGAUAUACCUGGAAAGUAAUAAGGACAUGCCCCAGAUGAUAAGGUUUAUCAUGUAGGGCAGUCAAUGACAUACUAGAGACAAAAAAAAAAAUAUAAGGACCAAACUAGUGAAGAAACUAGGACCAGAGGUAACGUGCACCCGCUGGCUGGAGCGUGGGAAAGACAAGAUGAGUUGCUACAUAGGAAUCGAGUCAGGAGCGUGGGAAAGACAAGAUGAGUUGCUGCAUAGGAAUCGAGUCAUCCACUGUUGUAUCGCCGCGUCAUUGUCUUCCAAUACGGACGACUCGGAUGUUAUAUUUAGACAAGCCUACUAUCAGCCGCAAACAAGCUCUGGUGUCUAACGUCUCUACAAGAAGCAGCUAAAUGCGCGCAUUGCCCAAUGCGAAGGAGGUGUUUGCACUGUGAAGUGUUUUGUCGUUCUGGGAAAGGAAUAAUCUUUUGCCACUGAAAGUUACGUGAUAUCUCAUUCAGGUA